GAGUUUCGUGUGCCGGCGCACAAACGUUAAGGAAUGGAAUCGGUGCGCAAAGCCAACCAACGUCUCCGCAACUACCCAAUUCUGCUAACAAAGUGUGCCGACAAGGCCUCAGCAUAUGCCGUUUGUGUGUCGCGCGACCUGAACGUGCAGCAUAAGAUCUGCGACGCCGAGUUUAAGGAAUUUUUGAGCUGCAUUCGAAAGAGCGCAAUGGAACUAAAAACAAAGUUGUAAACGAAUAACAAUAAACACAAUGAUACGCACGAAA